GCCGGGGCCGGUGCCGGUGCCCGGUGCGGGGCUCGGCGGUCGGCGCUGGCUGCGGGGCCGCGGCGGCACCAGGUGCGAAGCUGCGCGGGAGCGGCCGCCGCGGGCCGGGCUGAGCCGAUGCUGGCGGCCGAGCCCGCCGCCGCCGGAGCCAUGUCCCAGCCCGAGGCGGAGAGGGCGGGCGGCGGCUCCGCGCCGGAGCCGGAGCCGGAGCCGGGGCCGGGGCUCCCCGGGAGGGCCCCGCACCGCAGCCGCGGUCGGCGGCCCUCGGGGCGCGACUCCCGCCGCGCCUCCUCCCGCUUCAACCGGCGGAGCUCGGCCGAGCUGGAGCUGCUGGGCUACCCGGCGCCGGGCGGGGAGCGCGGGGGGUCGCCGCCGCCGGCGGUCGCCGGCGGUCGCCGGGAGCCGGAGGAGACGGAGAGCGAGGAGGUGGAGACGCGCGCCGUCGCCACCUCCCCCGACGGCCGGUUCCUCAAGUUCGACAUCGAGAUCGGCCGCGGCUCCUUCAAGACCGUCUACAAGGGGCUGGACACGGAGACCACCGUGGAGGUGGCCUGGUGCGAGCUGCAGACACGGAAGCUGUCGAAGACGGAGCGGCAGCGGUUCAGCGAGGAGGUGGAGAUGCUGAAGGGGCUGCAGCAUCCCAACAUCGUCCGCUUCUACGACUCCUGGAAGUCGUCCAUCAAAGGCCAGAUCUGCAUCGUGUUGGUCACAGAGCUCAUGACGUCCGGCACCCUGAAAACUUAUCUGAAGCGGUUCAAGGAGAUGAAGCUGAAGGUGCUGCAGCGCUGGAGCCGGCAGAUCCUCAAGGGGCUGCAUUUCCUGCACACCCGCUCGCCCCCCAUCAUCCACCGCGACCUCAAGUGCGACAACAUCUUCAUCACGGGCCCCACCGGCUCCGUCAAGAUCGGGGACCUGGGCCUGGCCACGCUCAAGCGAGCCUCCUUCGCCAAGAGCGUCAUAGGCACCCCCGAGUUCAUGGCGCCGGAGAUGUACGAGGAGAAGUACGAUGAGGCGGUGGACGUCUACGCCUUCGGGAUGUGCAUGCUGGAGAUGGCCACCUCGGAGUACCCCUACUCCGAGUGCCAGAACGCCGCCCAGAUCUACCGCAAGGUCACCUCGGGCCUGAAGCCCAGCAGUUUCUACAAGGUGAAGGUUCCGGAGCUGAAGGAGAUCAUUGAGGGCUGUAUCCGCAUGGACAAGAACGAGAGGUACACCAUCCAGGACCUGCUGGAGCACUCCUUCUUCCAGGAGGACACCGGGGUGCACGUGGAGCUGGCCGAGGAGGACGAUGGCGUCAAGUCUGGGCUCAAGCUCUGGCUGCGCAUGGAUGACACAAAGAAGCUGCACGGCAAGUACAAGGACAACAACGCCAUCGAGUUCCUCUUCGAGCUCUACAAGGACGUGGCGGAGGAGGUGGCCCAGGAGAUGGUGGUCCUUGGCUUCGUCUGCGAGGCCGACUACAAGCUGGUCGCCAAGGCGGUGCGGGACCGUGUGGUCGCCAUCAAGCGCAAGCGGGAGAAGCUGAAGCGCGCCCAGGACGUGCCGUCGCCUGCGGAGCCGGAGCAGCCACCAGGCGUCCUGCGGCUGCUGGAAGAGCUCAAGUCCCCGCUGCCACCAGGUGCUCCCGCUCCCACCCCGGCCACCGCUGGCUCCGGGGACUCCGUCUUCAGCAGCACCUUCCCCCCGGAGCCCGAGGAGCCCGAGGCCGACCAGCACUUCGCCUACCGACACACCAGCUACUCCUCGGCCACCUCCGACUGCGAGACAGAUGGCUACCUGAGCUCCUCCGGCUUCCUGGACUCCCCGGCCCCGGCCCAUCGCAGCUCCUCAGCAGGGGACCCAGCCAGCCCGCCCCCUGCCCGUUCCGCACGCUGCUUCCCCACGAGCAUCGCGGUGCAGCUGCCCACCGAGCGCCUUCCCCCCGCCAGCGGCUUCUCCUCCCCGGUGGACAGCUAUGCCUCAGACGUGGCGUCCGGCAUGAGCGACGGCUGCGAGGGGCUCUCGGCCAGCGAGCGGGGCACCGAGGUGCCGCCCAAGCGAGCCUCGGGGAAGCUGCUGCGGCGCCGAGCCCGGUCCCGGCUGCGCAUCACCAACAUCUCCGACAAGAAUGACCGGGUGGUGGAGUGCCAGCUGCAGACCUACAACAACAAGAUGGUGACCUUCAAGUUCGACCUGGAUGGGGACAACCCGGAGGAAAUUGCAGCCGUCAUGGUGAGCGCGGGGCGGGUGCGCGGUGGGGUCCUGCCUGCCAGGCCGGGCACCGACCGGCCCCUCUGCCCCCAGGUCCACAACGAGUUCAUCCUCAAGUCGGAGCGGGACGGCUUCAUCCACCGCAUCCGGGACAUCAUCCACCGCGUGCAGACCCUGCUGCGCAAGGACGGACGCAGCGCCGCCGAGCUGCCCGAGAGCCCCGAGGCUGAGCGCAGCGUGGGCAGCCCUGCGGACCUGCAGCUGCAGGAGCUCUCGUGCUCCAUCUCCUCCUCGUCCUCGCUCAGCGACCUGGGCUGCACCAGUCCCAGCCUCUCGGUCCAGUCCCCAGUCCUGCCGUCGCUGAGCAGCUCCCUGUCGGAGAACGACCUCGCCAGCCCCGCGGAGCCGCCGGCAGCUCCAGCCCGGGAGCCGCGGCCGACGCUGCUGGGCUCCCCCGCAGGCUCCGUGCAGACCUGGCCCCUCGUCUCGACGGCUCCCCCCUGGCUGACGGCGUCACCUGCAUUCCCAGCGUUCCCGCAGACCCCCCCAAGCACCCCGGGGGGGCCUGUCCCCCCGGCCCUGCCCCAAGCCCUCCUGUCCCCACUGCCGCUCCCCACUUCCCCUGUCCCCAGCGGGCCCAGCAGCCCCCUGAGCCCCCCUGUGACCAGCACAGCCUGGUCCCCCACUGCCCCCCUCCUCUCCCUGGCCAACGUCUUCUCCCUGGCAGUGAUGAGCGUGGCGCACACGCUGCUGCCCGCUGUCUCCUCCAUCGCCAGCUCGGGUGGGCACUUCUACCCCUCGCUGCUGCUGCGGCCGCAGAACCUCGUCCUGGGGCCCCCGCGCUUUGUCUACCCUGACCCUGCCAGCAUGGCCAAGCCAGCCCCGGCCUCUGGUGGGACCCUGGAGUCAGUGGGGGCAAAUGUACCCACUGCCGGGGGACCCGUGCCAUUCCCUCCCCCAGCACCAGCCCCACCGUGUCCCGCAGGCAGCGAGGCUGCGGGGAGUCCCCUGCCAUCACUAAGCACAUCCACGCCCGGGAGCCCGGAGGGCAGCACGGUGUCGCCCGGCUCCCCCAGGCCCAGCCACCCACUCAUCAUCUCGGAGUCGCCAGCCCCUGGCGUGCCCAAAGCCCGGCUCUCGCCCAUCAAGGAAGCAGAAGCCAAGCCCCAGAUCCUGGGCCGGUUCCAAGUGAUGCCAAUCAGGGACCCAGUCGCCACCUCCUCGGUGCCGGGCAGCAGUGAGGGCAGCAGCGAGGGUGAGCAGCGUGGUGCGGAGCCGGCAGCGAGCGGCUCCCCCCUGCCCGUGGCCCCCGACACAGAGAGCAGCUCAAGCAGCGACUCGGACUCGGCGCUGGAGCGGGUGGAGCAGGACCCGGAGGCCGAGGAGGGCACGGUGGCACCGCCGGAGAGCGACCGGGAAGGUGCCGGGGAGGAGGGCACAGAGAGCGUGCCGCAGGCCAUGGUGAGCCAGGUGUGGCUGAACUACUCCCGCAGCUUGUCCUACCUGAGCAGCGACGACACCGAGAGCGAGGAUGAGGAGAUCUGGGAGGAGCUGCAGAACCUGCGCCAGAAGCACCUGGCCGAGGUACAGCUGCUGCAGAGUGCCCAGAAGAAGGAGAUCGAGGAGCUUUACCUGCGGAUGGGGAAGCAGCCGCCGCUGGGCAUCGUCUCCCCCGCCGCCAUGCUCUCCAGCCGCCAGCGACGCCUCUCCAAGGGCAGCUUCAACCCCUCCCGCCGCAACAGCCUGCAGCGCCUGGAGCUGGCGCAGCCCCCAGCAGGCAUCAUGCGCCGUAACUCGCUGAGCGGCAGCAGCACCGGCUCGCAGGAGCAGCGGCUCAGCAAGGGGGUGACCUUCGCUGAUGACUUCGGCCGGAUGUAGCCAGCUGGCCAGGAGUGACUUCAUGAACUACCUCAACCAAGUGCCUGCUGCCCUGGGGGUGGGCAAGAGCCCCUGCACCUCCCGGAAGGACAGCGAUGGCCCUGGGGGCAGCCGGUGCCCUCGGGACAAGCCAGCUGGGUGCCCACCCGGGGACCUGGCGCCUGCCUCCUUGCCCCUGUGCCUCUGUCACAGGGAGGGCAGGCCUGUCCCAUGCUUGUCCUCCCCUCUCCUCCCUCCUUGUCCUCCCCUGGCCCCCUCCCACUGUUCCCAACCCCUUUGCUCAAGCCCAGCCCCAGCUGCAGGAUCCCUGCAAGGCGCUGCCAUCCUCCACGGCUUUACUUCGAGCUGAACCUGCGCAAGCAGAACUGGGCCAACUGCCACCCUGCCCCGAGCAGAACCUGCCCCUCUCCGCGUCCCCGUCAUGAUACAUCCCCACCCCUGCCACCACGCAGUCCUCCAGCCCCGAUCCCUCCGUGGGACCACGUGUGGGGCUCGAUCUGCCACCCUGGGGCUGCCCUGCUCGCUGCUGCCCUCGUCCCGCUCUGCGCAGCUGGGAACAAGCUGGCUGCAGAGCAGGAAGAAGCUUCCCUGGGUCCCAUAACGUGAUGGGGCCGGUGCACCAGCAACAGCAGGGGGUGCACUUUGUUACAAACUGAUGUCUGGAAAGUGUUUUCAUAAAUACAAAUUAAAUA